UAGUAGUGAGAUGGCCCAAGACAGCAGAGGAAAAGUAACCAUUACGAAACUCAAGUCAUAUACUACAUACAUGGUUACCAUUGCAUCAAUCACAAACCAUGGUGAAGGGUUCAACAUAGUGAUCCUAUGCUCAACACCACUCUAGAAGAAGUACCCGAUAUUCAAAACCUAAAAAUAAAUUUUACGAGAUUGACCAAUACGACCGUGUCUCUUCAGUGGUGGUCUCCUAAAUUCUCGAAUAGUGUUGUCCGUUACUACCAUGUUGAUUAUUAUUUGGACGAAAUAUUUCAGCAGCAGGAUUUGAAUGAUUCAUUUGAUGAGCCGAAAGUCAUAAAUGAACAACAUCGUAUUACGGUUCACGACACAAAGUGUCACCUGGAUCACCUUGAAAGUUACAGAAGGUAUACAAUUACCAUCACAGCAUGCACAACAGUUUGUUCAGAGCGUUCACUUCCCAUAAAAGUUCGAACAUCAGAAGGGCAGCCAGGAAGAGUUUCUCGACCAAAUUUUUUUUACGAAAACAGCACUAGGAUAGCUGUACCUUGGCCGAAACCCCGAAACCCGGCAGGUCCGGUUGAUUAUUACGAAUUGAUUGCAGCACGUCACAUUAGACCCAAAAAGCCACGAAUUUCAUAUUGCGGGUUUUCUGCACCCACCGAAUUAUCUCACAAACAAUUACUGGAUAGUCCGAACAAUGUCUUGUACCACAGCAUUUCUAACGUGUUCCGUGUUCCUGUUCCGGAUUGUAGAAAAGAACAGGAUAAGGGUCAACAAACUUUUUCAUUUGCAGUACGAGCUGUGAAUAAUAAUCCACUUGACCCUAUGAGGCCAUAUUAUGGUCAGUGGUCGGUUCCCGAGUCGGUCAGUUGUGUGUUUCAAGCACCAGAUAUUGAAAAUCUAAUAAUAAAUGUCACGGAAUUGACGAAUACGACAGUAUCUCUUCAGUGGUCGCCUCCUAAAUUCACGAAUGGUAUUGUUCGUUACUACCAUAUUGAUUAUUAUUUGGACGAUAUCAUAUUACAGCAGCAUGAUUUAAAUGAUACAUAUUUUGACGAACAGCAAGUCAUAUAUAAACAACGUCGUCUAACGGUUCAUGACACAAAGGUUAGUGUUGUAAUAUGUACAUACUAUAUAUAGUAUAAUAUAACAUAUACAGGGUUUAUCUUAUGACGUCGUACGCGUGAUCAAUUACACGUCGUUUUUUAUUUAAUGAUUAUGGAUCGAUAAUGAAGAAUUUCAAAAAAAAAACGAAAAUUUAAGUUUCUUUAAUUUUUACUGGGAAUUUUUUUUAUUAACAAUUUCAUAAUUUUUAAACACGUAGUUUUUUUAACAGCAAAAUCAACUUUGCUUUUUAAAAUGGAAACAAUUAUAUUUUUAAUGGAUUUUCGUAGAAAUUUUUUACCUGACAGUCAAAUUAUCAACUUUGGUAAUUUAUUAACUAUGGUCCUCUAAAGCCUAGUAAAUUCUAUAAAAGGUAGGUUGAUAUUUUAAUUGAAAUAAUUUGUAUACAUUUGAACAUUUCAUGUAAUUUAUAUAAACCCUUAUCACCAAACCUUAUCAACAAAGCUACGUCUUACUUAUCACCUCCUCAAAUUUUUGAAUAUUCACGUGUACAACGUGUGACACCCUUUAUAGGCGAAACUUAUAAUAUUAAAACGACUAGACCUCCUUAAACGGUACUCACCAUCAGAGAGUUACACAGGCAGUCAGUAAUUUAAUAAGAUCAUAUUAUACAGACUUAUAGUAGAUGGAGUUAUGUCCGUCUCACUCGUGUAAACUAUUUAACGCACGUAAUACGACGAGUCUCUGAAUUAGGUGAUUGAUGUAGGUACACAUGUGUGAGGCGAACCUUAGCAUAUUGAUCGCCGUUGGUUGCUGAUUAUUUUAUAUAUAUUUUAUAAAGGUAUAUAAAUUCAAAUAGAUAAAUUUGCGACAUAAUUUCACUUCAAACAUGCACAGUUUAUUCUUCUAAUUCAGAUACUUGUCACUCACAUGUACUUCAAAUUAUCGGGACAUGGGUCCAUCCAUAUUAUACUUAUGACUGGUUAAACUUUGCCAAUGCAGAUAGUAUACAGGGUGUCCCGUGAGGAUAUCCCCAUUAGUCGUAUAGAGGGGGAUUCGCCACCCGGACAAAUUCCACGGUUUUUGCCUGUUUACCUAUAAAUUAAAAAAAAUAUUAAAAAUCAUAAGAUUAAUGAAAAUAAAAUGUUGAAAAGUCAAAAUUAUCACAACAAUAAACUCUAUAAAAUGGCUAUCUUCAAUUGUUUCAAAAAUAAUAAAAUAAACAAUUUACCAAAAAAAAUAAUUAAAUCAUUAAAUAAAAUAUGACGUGAAGUUCUUGGCUCUGCGAGGCUAAUAAAAAAAAAAACAAAUUUGUGAUAUAUUUACAAUCUCAGAAUAUAUCGCAAUGGGUAAAUUUUUGCGGGACAUCGUGUAUAUUAUAUAACAUAUAUAAUCAAAUAUACAGUCAUAUCGACGGCGGGUAUGCCUGCGUCCAUUGAACAGGCGCGGAUCCAGAUCAAUUAUUAGGGGGGGGCCAUUUUUUAUUUGGACAUAAUAUAAUACAUACAAUUUAAUAA